AUUUAGUUUCUCCGGGGCUUUAGACUCGGCGCAACAAAAAACCAAGUUAUUCGCAUUUGACCCACUUUCUGAUUUGAACGAAAACGCUGCUCUCUCUCUUCCCGAUAGAUAGUUAUAUAGCAGGCGGUAGAAACCAACACUUUCCAACCAGAUCCGAGAGAGAGAAGAGGGGAACAUGGACAUGAAAAAGAGAAUUCACCUAGAACUGAGAAAUAGGACGCCGUCGGAUGUCCAGGAGCUGGUCCUGGAUAACUGCCGGUCCAACGAGGGGAAGAUGGAGGGCGUAACGGAGGAGUUUGACAACCUGGAGCUGUUGAGUCUCAUCAACGUCGGCCUCAUCAACGUCUCAAACAUACCCAAACUGGGGAAAUUAAAAAAGUUGGAGCUGAGUGACAACAGGAUAUCUGGUGGUCUGGAGGUGCUGGCUGAGAGGCUGGUCAACCUCACACACCUCAACCUCUCUGGGAACAAGUUCAAGGACAUCAGCACACUGGAACCACUGAAAAAGCUUCCCAUACUGAAGUCCCUGGACUUGUUUAACUGCGAGGUCACCAACCUGGGAGACUACAGAGAGAGCAUCUUCAAGCUCCUCCCGCAGCUCACGUACCUGGAUGGCUACGAUAUCGAAGACUGCGAGGCCUCCGACUCGGACGGCGAGGGAGACGGGAUCGAUGAUGACGACGACGAUGAAGAGGGGGAGUCUGAGGACUUUGAUGAGGAGGAGGAUGAUGAUGAUGAAGAGGUCAUUGCAGAGGAAGAUGACGACAGUGCGGAGAGUGAAGAGGAUGGGGAGGUGAACGGAGAUAUCGAUGAUGAUGAUGAUGACGACGAAGAUGAUGAUGAGGAUGACUCUCCAGCGAAAGGAGAGAAGAGGAAGAGGGAUCCUGAGGAUGAUGACGAUGAUGAAGAUUCAGUGUCCUCCCCACCACCCCUCAAUCUCUGAUGCCUCCCCUCUACCCCCUCAAUAUCUGAUGCCUCCCCUCUACCCCCUGGUCUCAAUAUCUGAU